UCGGGGGAGCCCGAGGCCGGCUGCCUGGGUUGGCUGCUGUUUGGGCGGCCUGUGACACAGCCGCGAUGGGCGGACUCACCAGAGGUGGCGGCAACAGGCGCCCUUGGCUCCCUUUCCCCGGCACCGCGGAGCUGGUUUCCCUCCGGCCUCCUUUCGGGACUGCACAGGCGUGCAGAGGUGAAAGGUCACAGACAUGGCGCUGGCCGCCCGUCUCCUGCCUCUGCCCGGCCGGGCCACCCGACUCCGGACUCUCGGCGCCGCCGAGGUGAGGCUGUCGUUGGCUGAGUUUUGCUGCUUGUGCCGCCGCCGCCUGGGCUCAAGCGCGGCCACGAUCCCUCGCUGCACUUGGGUCCUGUCGAGCCCGGCGCUGCGCCCCUGGGGCCCCCGGAGGCCGCUGCUCCGCCGGGCAGAACUCCCUCCGUCCCUCGCUUCCUUACCCGCUGCUCCCAGCCGCAGCUACAGCACCGAGGAGCAGCCCCAGCAGCGCCAGAAAACCAGGAUGAUCAUUCUGGGCUUCUCCAACCCCAUCAACUGGGUCCGGACUCGAAUUUACGCCUUCCUUAUCUGGGCCUAUUUCGACAAGGACUUCAGCAUCGCUGAGUUCUCGGAGGGGGCGAAGCAGGCUUUUGCUCAUGUAUCUAAGUUGCUGUCACAGUGUAAAUUUGAUCUAUUGGAAGAACUUGUAACCAAAGAGGUGCUUCAGGUAUUAAAAGAAAAGGUCACCUCGCUGUCUGAUAACCGUAAAAGUGCCCUUGCUGCCGAUGUCGAUGACAUUGUCUACACGUCAGCAGGAGACAUCUCUAUCUACUAUGACGAGAAAGGAAGGAAGUUCGUUAACAUCCUGAUGUGCUUUUGGUAUCUGACUAGUGCCGACAUCCCCAGUGAGUCUUUAAGUGGAGCCAGUGUGUUCCAGGUGAAGCUGGGGGAUCAGAACGUGCAGACUAAACAGCUGCUUAGCGCCAGCUAUGAAUUUCAGAGAGAAUUCACACAGGGAGUAAAGCCCGACUGGACAAUUGCACGGAUCGAACACUCGAAGCUGCUGGAAUAAUCUUUCUGGAAAAAAAUCAGGGCGUGAACUCUUAAUAAUUGCUGUGGAAACUAAAGAAGAGAUGUUUCUGGAUCAUUUGAGUUUCACUUAAUUAAGUCUGUGGAUGACUUUUGUAUUUGGAAAUAUUUCUUGCAGUAUAUAGACAUACAUGAUACAAUAAAGCAUUUUCCACAGAUUGGUAGCGUUCUUUAAAGAGGGUCAAAGUAAAUCACAGAAUGGCAGCUCCACAUUGGUGUCGUGUUCAUUGUCAUCCCAAUGUCACAUAUGUACACAUGUAAACAUAACAGCACCACACUGUUCAGUGUCAUCCAAUGUCACAUAUGUGCACAUGUAAACAUAACAGCACCACAUUGUGUUCAGUGUCAUCCAAUGUCACAUAUGUGCACAUGUAAACAACAGCACCACAUUGUGUUCAGUGUCAUCCAAUGUCACAUAUGUACACAUGUAAACAUAACAGCACCACAUUGUGUUCAGUGUCAUCCAAUGUCACAUAUGUACACAUGUAAACAUAAUAGCACCACAUUGUGUUCAGUGUCAUCCAAUGUCACAUAUGUACACAUGUAAACAACAGCACCACAUUGUGUUCAGUGUCAUCCAAUGUCACAUAUGUACACAUGUAAACAUAAUAGCACCACAUUGUGUUCAGUGUCAUCCAAUGUCACAUAUGUGCACAUGUAAACAACAGCACCACAUGUGUUCAGUGUCAUCCAAUGUCACAUAUGUACACAUGUAAACAUAACAGCACCACAUUGUGUUCAGUGUCAUCCAAUGUCACAUAUGUACACAUGUAAACAACAGCACCACAUGUGUUCAGUGUCUUCCCAAUGUCACAUAUGUACACAUGUAAACAUAAUAGCAGCACCAUAUUGUGUUCAGUGUCAUCCAAUGUCACAUAUGUGCACAUGUAAACAACAG